UUCCGCGCGGCCUUUUCCUCGCGACAGCGGCUGAUGAGCAGAAGCGGUAACCGCGAGAACGGCUCGGCGCUUCAGCAUUAGGCGUGGACCGAUUUUACCGACCGACUGCACUCGUUCUGCCCACGCGGACCCGUCAGGAUGGAGCUGAUCACGAUCCUCGAGAAGACCGUGUCUCCAGAUCGGAAUGAGCUGGAGGCGGCGCAGAAGUUUCUGGAGCAGGCAGCCAUCGAGAACCUGCCGACCUUCCUGGUGGAGCUGUCGAAGGUGUUGGCGAACCCGGGGAACACACAGGUGGCUCGUGUCGCCGCCGGCCUGCAGGUCAAGAACUCUCUGACCUCCAAAGACCCGGAAGUGAAGAGUCAGUACCAGCAGAGAUGGCUGGCCAUCGACACCAGCGCACGCAGGGAGAUCAAGAACUACGUGCUGCAGACGCUGGGCACAGAGACGUACCGGCCCAGCUCCGCAUCUCAGUGUGUGGCGGGCAUCGCCUGCGCAGAGAUCCCAGUGAACCAGUGGCCGGAGCUGAUCCCACAGCUGGUGGCCAACGUGACGGACCCCAGCAGCACCGAACACAUGAAGGAGUCCACGCUGGAGGCCAUCGGCUACAUCUGCCAGGACAUUGACCCGGAGCAUCUGCAGGACAGCGCCAACCAGAUCCUUACCGCCAUCAUCCAAGGCAUGAGGAAAGAGGAGCCCAGCAACAACGUCAAGCUGGCCGCCACCAACGCGCUGCUCAACUCGCUGGAGUUCACCAAAGCCAACUUCGACAAGGAGACGGAGAGACACUUCAUCAUGCAGGUGGUGUGUGAAGCCACACAGUGUCCAGACACCAGGGUGAGAGUAGCUGCGUUACAGAACCUGGUGAAGAUCAUGUCCCUGUAUUAUCAGUACAUGGAGACGUACAUGGGUCCUGCACUGUUCGCUAUCACGAUAGAGGCCAUGAAGAGCGACAUCGAUGAGGUAGCCCUGCAGGGGAUCGAGUUCUGGUCCAACGUGUGUGAUGAGGAAAUGGAUCUGGCCAUCGAGGCCACGGAGGCCUCAGAGCAGGGCCGUCCGCCGGAGCACACCAGCAAGUUUUAUGCAAAAGGAGCCCUGCAGUACCUGGUGCCCAUCCUGACGCAGACGCUCACUAAACAGGAUGAGAAUGAUGACGAUGAUGACUGGAACCCGUGUAAGGCGGCAGGAGUGUGUCUGAUGCUGCUGGCCACCUGCUGUGAGGAUGAUGUGGUGCCGCACGUACUGCCCUUCAUCAAGGAGCACAUCAAACACCCCGACUGGCGCUACCGCGACGCCUCCGUCAUGGCCUUCGGCUCCAUCCUGGAGGGUCCUGAACUCAACCAGCUCAAACCGCUCGUCAUCCAGGCGAUGCCCACGCUGAUCGAGCUGAUGAAGGACCCCAGUGUGGUGGUGCGGGACACGACGGCCUGGACUCUGGGCCGCAUCUGUGAUCUGCUGCCUGAAGCUGCCAUCAAUGAAAUGUACCUGAGCCCGCUGCUGCAGUGCCUGAUCGAGGGGCUGGGGGCUGAACCACGUGUCGCCUCCAACGUCUGCUGGGCUUUCUCCAGUCUGGCUGAAGCGGCGUAUGAGGCCACAGACGUGGCAGAUGAUCAGGAGGAGCCGAGCACUUACUGCCUGUCCUCCUCCUUCGAGCUGAUCGUGCAGAAGCUGCUGGAGACCACCGACAGGCCGGACGGGCACCAGAAUAACCUGCGCAGCGCGGCGUACGAGGCUUUGAUGGAGAUCGUGAAGAACAGCGCGAAGGAUUGUUACCCGGCGGUGCAGAAGACUACGCUGGUCAUCAUGGAGCGGCUGCAGCAGGUCCUGCAAAUGGAGUCUCACAUCCAGAGCACAUCAGACCGAAUCCAGUUCAAUGACCUCCAGUCUCUGCUGUGCGCCACGCUGCAGAACGUGUUGAGGAAGGUGCAGCAUCAGGACGCACUGCAGAUCUCGGAUGUGGUGAUGGCGUCGCUGCUGCGCAUGUUUCAGAGCACCGCCGGCUCCGGAGGCGUGCAGGAGGACGCGCUGAUGGCCGUCAGCACACUGGUGGAGGUUUUGGGCAGUGACUUCCUGAAAUACAUGGACGCCUUCAAGCCUUUCCUGAUUAUCGGACUGAAGAAUUAUGCAGAAUAUCAGGUCUGCCUGGCCGCCGUGGGACUGGUGUGUGAUCUGUGUCGGGCUCUGAUGGCCAAUAUUCUGCCUUACUGUGAUGAAAUCAUGCAGCUGCUGCUGGAAAACCUGGGUAAUGAGAAUGUGCACCGCUCCGUCAAGCCCCAGAUUCUGUCCGUGUUUGGAGACAUUGCUCUCGCCAUUGGAGGAGAAUUCAAGAAGUACCUGGACAUUGUGCUGGACACUCUGCAGCAGGCCUCACAGGCACAGGUGGACAAGACGGACUAUGAUAUGGUGGAUUACCUGAACGAGCUGCGUGAGGGCUGUCUGGAGGCCUACACUGGCAUCAUCCAGGGCCUGAAGGGGGACCAGGAGAAUGUACACCCCGAUGUGAUGCUGGUUCAGCCGCGUGUGGAGUUCAUCUUGUCCUUCAUUCACCACAUCGCAGAGGACGAGGACCGAUCUGACGGAGUCGUGGCUAAUGCUGUGGGGCUCAUCGGGGACCUGUGCACCACCUUCGGGAAGGAUGUGAUGAAGCUGGUGGAGGUCCGUCCUCAGAUCAAUGACCUGCUGACUGAAGGCCGGAGAUCCAAAACCAGCAAAACCAAGACUCUGGCCACGUGGGCCGCCAAGGAGCUGCGCAAGCUGAAGAGCCAAGCCUGAUCUCCGGCUGUGGAGUUUCUUCUUCUUCUACCAGGACAAAUGGAAAUGAAAGCCCUGCGGUUCUUCUGUCUUUUAGAGCUGUGGACAGAAGUGCGUGUGCGCUGAUGAGUGUGUGUGCGAGUGUGAGAGCGAGUGUAAGAGCGAGAGAUUGACACACACCUUCAGUCCAGCUCCAGCAGAGGAACAGCGGCACACACCUCCACCUUCUCCACCUGCCCGCGUUCUCCAUCCUGACCCGAUCCUCCCCCCCGGCCCGAUCAGCUGCAGGACUGACCGUCACACACUGAUUAGCAGACGGCGGCCGCGGGAACCUGCUGCUGGAGCCAUGAUGGCGUGACUGGAGUGUGUGUGUGUGAGUGAGCGGAGGGCGGCGCUGUUUCCGCGUCGUCUCUCAAUAUUUCAACCAAUAAUAAAUAAAGAUGAUCAAUAUCUUGUUUGCGAUUGAGUGAGCUGCACUUGCGUUCCCUCAGCGAGCGGCAGUGGAGGCGUCCGGCCUCUCCUCACGGCUGCGUUAGAUUAUUGGCCUCCUCCUCCUCUGUGUUUCUUUAAUAAUAGUGAUGAUUGAGUAAUGGUUCUCUUACCGGUGUGUGUUAGUAUGGAUGUGCGGAUGGGAGCUUCACCUGCCCUGCCUAGGGAAGACUAUUGCCACUUCAGGCGCAGGCUCCAGCGGAGCGACGGGGAUAUUAGACACCUCCACACGCGACUUUAUUCUCCUUUAUUUGUUUUGCAGGAAACUGAGUGCCAAACCCAGCGGUGCAGAUGGAUUUGAGCUUAGUGUUACUCGUAGAAGAUGCGAAAUAAUAAUAAUAAACAUCACCGGCGUCGACCCGAUCAGCAUCGAUGUGCUUUUGGUUGUAAUUUUUUGUUUUUGUUUUCCUCUUGCGGCACUUAAUUGGAGUCAUUCACCGAGCUUUUAAGAAGACGAUGGACAGAAUCAGACAUUUGUAUGAGGUUAUAUUUUUCCAUUGAUAUGAAAAUAAAAUUAAAUUAAAUCUU